AUCUCAGAAUAUUUUUCCGUUAAUUAUUCAUUCCGCCGAAUAGAUACACCGCGAGGGCGUAUAAAUGCUCUAAGUCGACCGGAUGUAUCAUUUUCCGACGAGCUACGGUCAAUAAUGUGGCUGCUUUUGACACUCUUGGUGCUUGCGGGACUGGUAUCUGCCGAAAGCAACUAUGGCUGGAAGGUCGGCAACGAGUACAGCUAUGUGGUACAAAGUCGCACGUUCACAACUUUGGACGAGUUCCCCGAAGAGUAUGCGGGUAUCAUGAUGAGAGGAUACCUCACGGUGCAAGCUAAGGACGAGGGCAAGCUAACCGCGAAACUAACAAAGGAUCAAUACGCUCACGUCAACAGCAACCUGCCCAUGGGCUGGGACGAGGACAUCCCCGACCAACAGUUGGUGCCCCAUGAUAUACCCAUAUCUGAAAAGCCCUUCGACAUUAAGCUGAAGGACGGCUUGAUCGAUUCCGUAAUCGUGGAGGAAGAUGUUCCUAACUGGGAGGUGGUACUACUCAAGAGUAUCAUCAGCCAGUUCCAGGUGGACAUCAAGGGUAAGAAACUCGUGGAGGGACACGAUGUCAAGGUUCCGGAUGAGAAUGACCCUCGGGGAGGGUUCACGGUAUUGGAAGACUACUUCGCUGGUUUGAACGAAGUUCGUUACGACUUCAAACCGCUGUCGGAACAGCAGUUUCGAACUAGGCCGGAAUUGGUGCCGAAACCUGAACUGAAGGGCUCAGGACAACACAUUGACAUCGUCAAGACGAAGAGAUAUGACAGGUAUCCGGAAAUGUCGGAGAAGGUGUUGGGCAUGACGCGGCAGAUGAAGAAGGAACCUAAAACUAACAAGAACCUCAUGUCGAAAUCUUCCAUCAGUAGAAUCGUCAUCUCAGGUAGCCUGAAGGAUUUCGUUAUCCAGUCGGCGGUGUCUACCAAUAAGAUGACCAUCACUCCCUCGUUCAAUGACGCGCAGAACAGCAUGGUGCUCAGCAAACUGACCCUAACUCUGGAUUACAUGCACGAGAUCAGGACUCCAAUGCCUUCGCCAACGAAACCCAAAUCCACCGGCUACCGCAUCUCUUUCGAAACCACCCCGUCCUCUCUGGAAGAUGUUCCCAAGCACCCUGUCUGGCCUAACAUCAUCGAUUACGGAGGCAAAUUUAUUAGAGACUCCCAUGAGAUUAAUGGUUUAACUGCAAUCGGCGAUUUACUCUUGCAAAUUUCAAAUGAACUGACGGACCCGAAUACGAUUCCUGAGCAAAAUACCCUAGACAAAUUCACUCAUCUCGUCAACAUAAUCCGCACCAUGAACAGGAAUCAAAUAGCGGAAGCUGAGAAUUGCUUGGAGAUCUCGCCCAAGAAACUCAAGUGGGGCGACAAGGCUGACGCCUUUAGGCAAAACCGUUGGUCCGUUUUUAGGGAUGCUGUCACUCAAGCUGGGACUGGACCUGCUUUGUUGACCAUCAAAAAUUGGGUCCAGAAUGGGGACUUGCGGAGGGAGGAAGCUGCUGAAAUGCUGUCCAAAAUCCCGGCGUCUGCUCGGCAAAUUACAGCCAAAUACACCGAGGCGUUCUUCGAACUGGCCACUCAUCCACAAGUCACGCAAGCGGCACUCCUGAACGUCACAGCGAUAACGGCGUUCUCUGAACUGUUGUUCCUGUCUCAAGGAAAUGAUAAGAGCAUCUACAAAUUCUAUCCCGUGCACACAACGGGUCGUCCCUCCGAGGAGCAAUACUCGAAUAUCGUCAAUAAGUACAUCCCAUACUUGGGGGUACAAUUAAAGAAGGCCGUGGAUGAUGGCGACAGCGCAAGGAUCCAAACCUACAUCGUUGCUCUGGGUACCAUCGGAAUGUACGAGGUGCUCCCCGUCUUCGAGCCUUUCCUGACAGGCAGGGAGAAAAUGACAGCCUUCCAGAAGACGUUAAUUCUCGCCAGUUUGAGUAACUUUGUCGCGAAUCAUCCGAAGAAGGCACUGCCGGGCUUGAAACAGAUCUACAUGAACAAGACGGAGAGUCAGGAGGUGCGUUGCAUGGCCGUCUUCCUGAUUCCAAUGACGAAUCCUCCUCUGGAGGUGCUGCAUGAAAUCGUGCAGUUCAGCAACAACGACAGCAGCAAACAGGUCAAGUCCGCGGUGAAGUCCACCCUUGAGGAACUGGAAGAUUUAUCAGAUCCAGAAUGGCAAUCGCUGGCGAAGAAUGCUCGGGCUGCGUUGAAGUUAUUGGACAGCAAGGAUUACGACCCGCUGAAAUCCCACGAAUUCAUCUUUAACAAGAUGAAAGAAGGGAACCUUGUCACUGACACUCUUCUUAAUUACAUCGGCAGCGACAAUAGCCCGAUCCCUCGUACCAUCUACCUUGCGUCGAUCCUUUAUGAUGGCAACUUCAAAGGAUCCCCUGUAGAACUUAUGACUAUGAUUCCCAACAUGUACUCUCUUAUCGACGCUCUGAUACCAUCCGACAAACGGUCCCUCGUGAAAAUGGCCACCGAGAAGAUUGCCGAGGAACUGAAUAUCGUGGGCGAUAAACCUGUCUUGCUGGAAGGAAAUUUCUUGUGGAGGACGAAGUUCCUAUCGCGUUUCAUUCCUUAUGACAAGAACACUGUUCGCAACCUCCCUAACAAGAUCGUCGAGCACCUGACAGCCAGGAAAGACGGAGCCUUCCACAACACGCACAUACUGAAUUUGCACGAGAUGAUGAUAGGUGACACGACCGAUACUGGUCUGCCAUUCGUGUACAGUUUACGCGAAUGCACUCUUGCGAAGAUGAGCUCGACAUAUGACUUCAAAGCGGGUCGCUUCGAGUCCGAUUUCCAGUUUGCGAUGGUUCAGAAAACGCAGAGGAAUAUAGGUUUCGUAACGCCGUUCGAUCAUCAGCAUUUCGUUGUCGGUGUAGACAAACACGCGCAGGUUUACCUUCCCCUGAAAACCUCUGUGGAAGUCAGUGCUCCGAAGAAGAGCGUACAGCUGAAGAUUUGGCCACCGAAGUGCGACAGGCCUGACACGGUGCUGCUAUGUAUGCGGACACCGUACACUUCGAUCCAUAACGUCAUGAAUUUACAGCCCAUGCUGGAGCAGUCUUCGUUUGACACACGACGUUUACACAACGACGAAGUAAGACGUGACAGUCAGCCUAUAUGGGAUACGAUAUUCAGGAUGGAGGUGGAAGCCUCCAAGAAUGCUUCGGACGAGGAUGUUGUGGAGAACUGCCUGUGGACCAUGUUCACAAUGCAGGACGAACAAAGCGAAUACCACAAGGUGGCCGUAAUCAUGCAUGACAUAUCUGAUGAGGGAGAGCCGUGGGUUUUGAGUGCCUCUUACGGUACCUUGGAUGUGGAAGCUGGCACCGAAGAUGCUAGCCAAUGGACACAAUUUGUCAACGCGACGGAAGCAUUCAGCGAGAAUCGAGACAGCGAACAGCGUAAGAUGCGAUUCCUGGAGGAAGCAGCCAAAGGCAUCCAAUUAGCCCAGGCGGGGGUGCUGGACUUCUAUUUCCACGACCCUUUCGCAGAAGAAGAGGCGAAGAUCAACCUAACCGUUGCUUGGUCAGCGAGCAACGCCGAAACCAAGGGACGAUUUCUUUCUCGUUUGACCAUCAAGGACGAAUCAGACGACGUCGACAUUGAAGUAUGUACAGCGUCCCAGUUAGCGCUUACACCAUCUUAUUUCCCAGUUUACGGCGAAGUUAACUCCACGCCCAAGAUCGAAUUUGACAUAGACAUUCGACUAGGGGAGGAUUGUCCCGAGGAGACUCGCAUGAUUAUCGUAGGCACAGGUACUCGAAGCAACGAGCUGAAGGAAGAAAUCAACGAUAUCAGUGUAGUGAAGGAAUGCAAGAGGCAAAUGGAGCAAGGGAACAAACUCCUCCGGGCGUGUCAGAAGGCCGGAGACAAGGCUCUGCAGAUGGACGAAUUACAACUCUCCUUGCAGAUCGAUGAUCCAGAAACAUAUAUGAUUUUCGAAUUGUAUCUUCCGCUGUUGAUAUCCCCGGACGUUUUGGGUAUUACCGUAACCGAAUUGCCGCUUGAAGACAUCGACAAAGGCAAGAUCAACCUGAAGGCGAAGAUUUCGAAGAAUAUGAAGUCUGCUAACUUCAGUCUGCAGUCGUCGAACAUAAACAUGGAGAUGAAUGAUGUCAACUUGGAUGUUCUUAAAGAUAGCUUCGAGGAAAAGGAAGAUGGAGUUGACAACAACUGGUUGAUGGACAACGAUAUGUCAACCUGCGUGAUGGAUCUCAACAGAGCCGAGACUUUCGACGGCAAAGAAUUUCCCCUGGAGUUGAGCAGCUGCUGGCAGGUUCUGAUGACUACAUAUCCCAGACUGAAUCCCAGGAAGCCCAGCGAGAAGCUCGCGAUGUCAGAAGACGAAAGCGUAAGCAUCCUCGCCCGAGAGGUCAGCGGACAGAAGGAGGUGAAGGUCAUACUCGGUCAAAACGAGAUUCUGCUUCUGCCCGGCACCGAGCUACCCGAGGUACUGGUGAAUGGUCAGAAGGUCCCAGUUUCUGGCACAGUUACUCACCAAGUGCGACAGGAUGACGAAGUCGUCUUCGAGAUAUUCCAACGUGGAAGUCACUAUAUUUCAGUGGUAUCGGAGGAGUACGAUGUGACACUCACUUACGAUGGAAAACGCCUUAUGAUCGAGGAACCCGAGAUGUUCAGCUACUCUCUUCGUGGACUCUGCGGCAAUUACGACGGCGAUUCAGAAAAUGAUUUCAUGACUCCUGAUAAUUGUCCGCUGACGAAACCCGAGGAGUUCAUCGCCAGUUACACGCUCACCAAGGAGCAGUGCGAAGGAGAGAACCUGCAGAAGGUCAAGUCCUUGCAGAAGGCAGCCUGUGCAACGAUCUCCAGGCGUUAGAUGUUUUAUAGAGCCUGCAACCUCGAGAAGGAAGAUGACCGGAAAAUUUUAUCGGUUCCCCUUGUGUGACACCAAAGAUCUACUUGUUUUAGUCGUAGUUUAUAUAGCGCGUAACGUGUAUCUAUAAAAUUUGUAAAUAUUAUUUUUGCUAAUUUCGUCUUUU